UUGAACAAAAAGCGAUGUAAUACAUAUUCUACGGACUCAGAUGGAAGCCGACAAGAUAAUGUCACUCCUCGUCGACGCGCGAGAUUAAGUGACAGUUGUAAAAGUAAAUCAAGAGAAGAACGUCAUUGUCGUACACCAACUUCAACUAGAAGCAGAACUCCUUGUCGCGAAUCAGCUGGUGGCAGUCGUACACGCGGGUAUAGAUCCCGUAAGCGUCAUCAAGGUGAACUUCAAGAGGAUCUUUGGCAGCCACCUGUGCCUGAAGGAACGAGAGAACCGUCGCGUCACAAGCCGUUGAGUGAAGCAGGUAUGGAUAGUACGUUACAUAUCUUAUCAGAAUUAGUAAAAUGUUUGUCAUCUAACCGCCCUGACGGUAAUAAGUUUCCUACGUUAGGCAACGUGGUGCCAGAAUUCGAUCCUAUGAUAAAAGGUCAAACAGUACGUAUGUGUUUGCAUAAAGUAGAAGAGUGUGCUAAGUUAUAUAAAUGGGGUGAUGACCAAAUCAUACAUUAUGCAAUACCUAAGCUAUCAGGAGUAGCUAGAGUAUGGUACCAAGCGUUACCCACUAUGUCGUUCUCGUGGUCCGAGUGGAAAACCAAACUUAUUGAAUCCUUUCCCAGUAGUGAUGAUUAUGCUGAAUUGUUGACUGAAAUGCUGUCCAAACGUGUAAGGUAUAACGAGUCCCUAGAACUUUACUUUUACGAAAAGUUAAAUUUACUAAAUCGUUGCGAUAUCAAAGGUAAGCGUGCCGUUGAUUGUAUUCUCUAUGGUAUAGAAGAUCGGUCUAUUAGGUUGGGAGCUAAGGCUGCUAAAUGCCAGGAACCUGAACAAGUUUUAGAAUAUUUUCAAUCAAUUAAACAGCAACCCCGUGAUAACGAUAAAUGUAAAAGCGUUCAAGAUAGAAAAACGGCCUACACUAAUAAUACCCAAUUAACUGGUCAAAGACAGUCGCGUCCUAUGUCUAAUUCGAAUAUUAUUUGCUUUAACUGUAACGAAUCGGGACACUAUAGCUAUAAAUGUACUAAAAAGAUCGUAAAAUGUACGAUUUGCAGUAGGUUAGGCCAUUUAGCUGAAAAGUGUACGAGGGUUCAAACGAACUUCAAAAAUAAAAGUGAUAAUUUACACGAGAAGAAUGUCUUGCAAUUAAAGUAUAAUAACGAGUACGAUAAUAAAUAUAAAAUGCAAGUGAAUGUAAAUGGUAGGGUGAUCGAAGGCUACAUAGACCUGGGUAGCCAGUGUACCUUAAUGCAACAAAGCGUUGCUAAAACGUUAGGCUUGACAUGGACUAUUCAAGACUUACCAUUACUACGAGGGAUAGGUAAUAAUACUAUACUUCCCUUUGGCUUGGCAGCAGUAACUUUGGAGAUUCAGGGAAUUUCUGAUGAUAUAAAAGUUUGCGUGGUUGAUGAUAGUAUUAUCAAAUAUCCUAUACUUGUUGGUCAUGAUUUCACGGAAAAACCUGGAAUUAUUAUUACUAAAACUUUUGAAUCUGUAACUUUUACUCGUAACCCAUCGAAUAAAUUUAAAUUAAUCUUGCAAAGUGACGUGGCGCUUAAGGCAAAUGAAAUGAUUGCUAUUCCAAUACGUUGUGAUAGUGACUACUCGGGAGAUUUAUACGUAAACGGAACGCUACGUGGUGUACCAGGAUACCAGUACUAUUUAUUGCCAGGCGAUUACAGUAUUAGUAAUGGUACUGGCUGUUUAGUUGUUCAGAGUGUUUCGGAAAAUUGUAUUCGCCUGGAAAAGGACUCGUUGGUGACGCGUGCAUUACCUUUGAAUCGUACCAUUGAUGUAAGCGUUUUAAACCUUGAUGAUCCCAGCGCAGAAUCUGAUCUUCAUGUUGGUGAACAAUUAACUAGCGACGAAUUAUCAAAGUUAAAAGAUCUCCUUAAACAGUUGUCAUACCCCGAACGAGCGGAAGUUAGAUCGAUGGUACAAGAAAUGCUUGACGCAGGCAUCAUACGUGAAUCCAGUUCUUCAUAUGCAAGUCCAAUUCUACUUGUUAAAAAGAAAACUGGGGAAAAGAGACUGUGUGUUGAUUAUAGGGCCCUAAAUAAUAAAACACGAAAGGAACAUUACCCGUUACCAUUGAUCGAUGAUCAAUUAGAUAUGUUGUCGGGAAAUUCUCUGUUUAUUACUUUAGAUUUGGCAUCUGGGUAUUACCAGAUACCUAUAUCAGAGCAAUCACAAGACAAAACUGCAUUUGUGACACCUGACGGGCAGUAUCAAUACACGCGCAUGCAUUUCGGUUUGGCUAAUGCGCCUUCAUUAUUUCAACGUACGAUGAACAAGAUAUUAACUAAAUCUAAGGUAAAGUACGUACUCGUUUAUAUGGACGACGUGCUUAUACCGGCACGAAAUUUCGAUGAAGGUCUUGGUCGGCUGGAAGAAGUUUUGGGGUUACUACGCGAAGCAGGUUUAACAUUGCGACUAAAAAAAUGUUAUUUCUUCUUCGAAGAAAUAGACUUUUUGGGUUUUCGGGUAAAUGGCAAGGGUAUACGCCCGGGACCCCCACCACAAAAUGUUCACGAGCUGAGGAGAUUUAUCGGGCUUACCAGCUUCUUUAGACGCUUCGUUCAAAAUUUUGCUCUUAUAGCACGACCUCUUACCGAUCUUUUAAAGGCAAGUUUUGAGUGGACUUGGACUCAUGAGCAUAUAAAAGCAUUUGAGACGUUAAAAAAGAAGUUAGUGGAAAGACCGUUGUUGGCGCUCUAUGAUCCCAAUUUGGAAACUGAAUUGCACACAGAUGCGUCGAAACAAGGCAUUGCCGGAAUACUCAUGCAAAUGGGACGGGAUGGAUUGCUCAGACCGGUAGCGUAUUAUAGUCGGAAAACUACCACGGAAGAACAGCGUCUCCAUUCCUUCGAAUUAGAGACUCUUGCCGUCAUCAACUCACUUAACCGAUUUCGCGUAUAUCUUUUAGGUAUAAAGUUUAAAAUUGUUACCGACUGUAAUGUGCUACGAACCACGCUUACGAAAAGGGAUUUGAUACCCAGAAUAGCACGUUGGUGGGUGCGAUUCCAGGAAUACGACUGCAAUAUUGAGUACAGAGCAGGGUCACGAAUGACACACGUUGAUGCUCUAAGUCGUAGCCCUGUGAACGAACCCUCCAUCGAAGAUGAAUCGCGGGUGAUUGAUGUUUUACAAAUCGAUGUAAAGGACUGGAUCGCAACAGUUCAAAGUAAUGAUGAUGAAAUUAAGGGCAUUAAGGAGGUACUACAAGAUAGUCGCACGAAAUCCGUUGCAGAUAUUUAUAAAAAUUACCAGUUAAAAGGAGACCAUGUUUACCGUAUAGUUGAUAAUAGUAUCCGCUGGGUAGUACCGAGGCCAGUAAGGUGGCAGGUAUUACGUAUGAACCACGACGAAGUAGGACACUUCGGUUUUGAUAAGACUAUUAGUCGUCUGCAAGGUAUGUUCUGGUUUCCCAAAAUGAGGCGUUUUACAAAAAAAUAUGUAACAUCAUGUCUCGAAUGUGCUCAUCAUAAGGCCCCAGGUGGAAGGAAGGAAGGUAUGCUCCAUCCCAUUCCCAAAAUUGAAGUACCGUUCCAUACACUACAUGCCGAUCAUUUAGGCCCUUUUGUACGAUCUCGAAGAGGCAACACGUACAUUUUGGUCAUUGUAGAUGCUUUCACAAAAUUUAUAAAUAUUAAACCUGUUAGGGACACAAAAUCUACAACCGCAAUUAAAAUAUUCCGAGAACAUUUUAGCUAUUUUGGAGUCCCAUCCAGACUAAUAACAGAUAGAGGCACAUGCUUUACGAGCGCAAAAUUUAAGUCAUUCACAAGGAGCUUAGUUUUGAAACAUAUAUUAAAUGCAGUUGCCACACCGCGGGCCAAUGGACAAGUGGAAAGGUACAAUAGGACGAUAUCGGAUGCUUUAAGUACUAAAUGUCAUGGUAAAAAUGAUAACACCUGGGAUGAGUACAUAGCUGAUAUACAGUUAGGAAUGAAUACAACAGUGAACAGGGCAACUGGCAAAAGUCCUUCAGAGUUAUUGUUCGGUUAUAAACUAAUGAAUGUGUCAGAGACCAUUCUCGGAGAUGUUAUAAGCCCGACAACUGAAUACACGCAAGGAGAAAAUUUAGUGGAAAUGAGAUCUGCAGCGAGUGAUAGAAUAGAGAAGCAACAAGAAAAUUCAAAAAGAGCAUUUGAUGAACGGAGGAAACACGCAACACAGUAUAAAGAAGGCGAUUUAAUUAGAAUUGAGAGAACAGUUAUUGAUAGAGAACACUUAGGGAAAUCAAAAAAAUUAUUAUCGAAAUUUAAUGGCCCCUAUAGGAUUAAGAAAUUACUACCGAAUGAUAGGUUUCUUGUUGAGGAUACGCCUUUAACCAGAAAAGGGAAAAGGCGGUAUGAAAACGUAGUAGCUCUGGAUAAAAUACAUCCUUGGUUAAAUUAUAAAGCUAUUUCAAGCGGAAGCGACAACGACCAUAGUGAUAGUGACGCUGGUACCGACUUAAGUAAUGAGUAA